UCAUCCGUUCAGCAGGGCGCAUGCGCAGUGGACGGAAGUCGGGGUCCGGGGAGUGUCUGAGCGGUUCGUCGGCUUGAAUGUUACCCGCAGACACUGGAGCCAAGAAGAGCAUCUGCAUGAACAAUGAACCGGCUGCCUCGGAAGGAAAUCAUUUGGUGAGACGGACAUGAAGUGGACGUGAGAAGAUGGGACUGAGGAAUGGCUCGAUUUGGUGGAUUUCUGUGGCGAGAAUGACCUCUAACGGUGCAGGGAAUUAGGAUUUUCUAACACUUUGUUGCCUGGAGAGACAAUCCUCACAUAGACUGUGACAGCGUUACAUUGGCGGGCUGCUGUUUGCUUGUUUAUGAUCAUCCUCAGCGUGGUUAUUAAAUACAGGCUUCACAUCUUCUAGCUUGAAUCACCUUAAUGUCUUAAUUUAUUUAUUCAUUUACAUCAAUAGCUGAUAAUUGGCUGGCUUGUAGUCUAUUAGAUUUCUACCAAAGUGCCAAAUACUCACUGGAAAGUCAUUCUAGAUUUGGAAAUAUAUGAUUCUUUAUUCACUUGCUUCAUCUGGAAUUUAAUUACAGCAGAUCACCCUGAGAAUCACUGCUGCACUGACUUUGUUUUUUGAUGCCAUAAUCUGCUUGAUGUCAUGAGUUGGCCAUCUGUUGUGGGGACCUGCUUAAACCUGCAAGCAGAUUAACCAGUUAAAGGAUCCAAAAGCAUCCGUCAGGACAUUUCUCGUGCCAGGAGCUGUGUUGGCCCCUCCAGGUGAAGGUGAGGGAUGCUGAGGGCCACGGUGGGCUCAGUGGAGGAGAGGGACGAGGAGCAGGAGGAUGAGGGUGAAGAAGAGCUGAGGGAUGGAGGGGUGCCUUUCUACGUGAACAGGGGGGGCCUCCCGGUGGACGAGGAGACUUGGGAGAGGAUGUGGCGCCAUGUGGCUCGAAUCCACCCCACUGGUGAAGCACUGGGGAAGGAGAUCAGGGGGGCCACCGACCUGCCCAAGAUUCCAGUACCGAGCGUGCCUACAUACCAACCUACCACCACUAUCCCACAGCGCCUGGAAGCCAUACAGAAGUAUAUCAGGGAAUUGCAGUACAAUCACACAGGGACACAGUUUUUUGAGAUAAAGAAAAGCCGUCCUCUGACCGCGUUAAUGGACAUUGCUAAGGAGAUGACCCGCGAAGCUCUGCCAAUCAAAUGUUUGGAAGCGGUGAUCCUGGGGAUUUACCUCACCAACAACAUGCCCGGUGUGGAGCGCUUCCCCCUCAGCUUUAAGUCUCAUUUCUCAGGGAACCACUUCCACCACAUUGUGCUGGGAGUUCACAGUGGGGGACGCUUUGGUGCGCUGGGCAUGAGCCGAAGGGAGGACCUCAUGUUCAAGCCCCUGGAGUUCCGAACGCUGAUGGACUUGGUUCAGGAGUUUGAAGGAGCCUACAGGGGCUACUGGCACACCCUACGCAAAGUCAAAAUCGGCCAGUACGUGUCUCACGACCCUCACAGUGUGGAGCAGAUAGAGUGGAAACACUCCAUAUUAGAUGUGGACAAGCUGACCAAGGAGGAGCUCAGGAAGGAGCUGGAGAGACACACUAGAGACAUGAGGCUGAAGAUAGGAAAGCCUGCACCUCCAUCUCCCACCAAAGACAGGAGGAACAGCAUGGGUUCACCCCUCAGAGGACCAGGCAGCCCUAUACGGAGGAUCAGCCGCGUUGAGAGACGUCCCUCUGGAGAGAAGAAGGUUUUGGAACAGAAAUCAUCAACAGACAUGAAUGGAUACCAGAUUCGUGUCUGAAGAAGAAUUUCAGUUUGUGAAUUUUAAGGUUCUGCACAUUUGUUUCAUGGGGCCAGUGAUUUAUCCUAAGGCUUAAUUUUUGUACACAUUGGCCUAUUCACUGGAUGCAAUGUUGAAUAGGUCACCAGCAACCUCCCAAAACAAAUGCCUCAUUCAGCUCUCCUAUGUUGUUACAGGCUUUUUUUUUUUUGCUGUAGCAGUUACUGUGCAUAGUAAUUGGUGCUGGCAUCGCUCCCGAUUUAUAGAAAGAGGGAGUGAAAGUGCAGUAAUAUGUCAACGUUUUUAAACCACUGCAGAGUUGUGCUAACUUAGCACAAUGUGAAAUAUGAUUCGUCGCUGACACGGGCCAAAAGUACCACUCAGUGUAAAAUGUGCUACUGGACAUAUCAUAGGUCUCCGUGCUGUUCUUGUUUCUAACAGAAGCUCUCAAGGCUCGUCUGCAAUCUGUAUCGUCGUACUGUAAGUGUGCAAAUACAUGUCAUGUAAUAUAAACCCACUUAGGCUCUGCUGGGCAACGAAUUCUUGUGUAGUGACUAGUUUGCAAACCACUACCCAUGUGCCUUUUAUGAAGACUUUUUAUAUCCAGCCGGUUAUUCUCAUUAUUUAGAAAGCAGUGUAAUCCCUGCUCUUCCAAAUUGCUAUUAAAAAAAACACAGUGCAACACAGGCACCCAACACCCAGAGGAGAGCAUGUUUGGCAUGCUUUUUACUUCCCAGGAUUGGAUAUGGGAUUGAAUAGAUAAUAUACUGAAUUAUAUAAAAGCAUAAGAAGGCAUCUGUUGAAUGAUGAGUCAUUCUUGCUGCAAAUUAUAAAAAAAAUUCUCAUGAAUUUCAACAGUUAUUAAGGUGAUUAAUGGUAAAGCAUUUGAUGGACCUAGUCUGCAUUUAAUGUAGACGUAAAAUAACAAGAAAUCAUUUUAUUUGUGUGUGUAUAACUGCUUUCUAUUUACAGUAAAUACCUUGUUUUUAACUUUUAUUUGUAGCAACCUUAUCCAAUAUUUCACUUGCCUUAAGUGGUAUCAAAGCAACCGACUUCCAUUUAAGCUAAGAUGUAAAGCAGUUUGUUUACAGCACUUUUAUCCGCAUUUUGUAUUUUUUUUAAUCGGAAUUUCUGUCAUUUUAUACUACCUUCAGUGUAGGUGACCACCAGUAAACGUUUAGUAUUUACCACACACUGUUUUAAAUGUUGCUACAGUCAACAUUCUUAUCUGUACAGUAGGUGUUCAUUUUAAUUUUAGUGUUCUGUAACACAGUUGUUUUGUACCAAAAGGUUUUCAGGAUCACAAUAAAGGGUCACUAUGAUUGCGGCAA